AUGUUUUUUUUCCCACGCCCAGUGGCACAUUCAAGGUUCGCUCCGCAGUUUGCAGGCUACGAGCAGCAUGACGCGCAGGCGCUGGUGGAAUUCCUCGAUUUCAUCCUAGAGGGCCUGCACGAUGACCUCAACCGGGGGGCAACAGGCGCUCGUAGUCGCUCCUCGAAGCCGCGCAGGGAGCAAAGCAUCCCAAAGCUCCUCAGCUCUAAGCUGAUGACGCGUGGUGGGCGCGAGGUCCUCACCCCGAGGAAGGCGAAAAUGGUGUGGCAACUGCGGCCCAGCGACAAGUCCAACGACGACCCUGACGCUGCAAGUCAUCAGAGCGGGCCCAGUAGCUGCGAGGAAGUCUCUGCAUCCCUGGAG